AUGAAGUUUGUUCCACUUACAAUACAUCUUUAGACAGUUGCAGAAUUGUAUGAAAAAUGUGCUUAACUAUCUGAAUAAAUAAAGGAAUAAAACUCUAAUACUGAUCAAGAUUCUAAUAGCACAAAUGAAAAUACACAAAUUUAAAAUAAUAUUCAAAUUGAUGAAAUUCAAAAUAUAUCUCCUAAAUCUUAAAUAACGAAAAAUAAAGAAAAUAUUAAGCAAAAUAUUACUAAAUUUAAAACUUAACAUAAUUGUAAAGUUUAAAAUUAAUGUUCUGAUUGCAAUUAAGUUUAUCAAGUAAAAAUUAAAAAGAAAAAUUUUAAUAAUAAGAAUAGUUAAUAUAAAUGUAAAAAAUCUAAGAAAGGUAUAUAAUUAAUGAAAAAAUUAAAAACAUAAAAAAAAUAAAAAUAAUUUGAAAUAAAUUUAAGUGAAAGAUGCAAUAGUGAAAAUUCUAAAAAAAGCAAAUCUGAAAUAAAGAAUACUUCUAUAAUUCAAAAUGAGGAUGAAAGAAAUGAUAAUGAAAAUCAGGAAAACCAUGAUGAAUUUGAAAUUUCAUUAUGA